AUAUGCAUAUUUAAAAUUUCAUAGAAAUGUGAGGAAAUGGAGUUAUUGUGAAAAUGACAUUUAUUGUCUUUUCCAUCAUUAGUGUAUUGUGUUGUUUACCUGAGGUGUUGUCUAUCUUACCUGGGACAGUCAAUGGGUGUAAGGAAACAGAUGGAACCCGAUUUUGCUGUACUGGUUUUUAUGAACUGGAUCAAAAAUGUUUUGAAUGUAUUGGAUCAUUCGGACAUAACUGUUCAAACCCAUGUCCUCCUGGUUGGUUUGGUCCUAGAUGUAGGAGAAGAUGCGCAUGCCCAGAUGAUAAGUGUGAUGAUGUAGAUGGCUGUCCAAAGGAUAGUCCUUCUUACAAAAAAAGUUCUGAAACUUCCAAAGUCAGCCCUACAAGCAGCUCAAGCACAGGUGGCGCUGUCUUAACCAGCCAUGCCAACAUUCCAACAGAUGUUUAUGUUGAGAAAGUGAUCACUAAGGAUGAACUUUGGGGAAACUUAAAGUCGAUGGGAAUACAGUAUUGGAUUAUUGUCUCCAGUAUUGUUUUUCUUCUUAUCCUCACUGCUUUUAGCAUGGUAGUCAUCACAUGCUACAGAGAAACAAAGCAAAUCCACCAGAAUUACCGUUUAAUUGAAGAGGACAGUAACAGUGUGUACGCUGGUCACGAGGAAGAGACCAGGGACAGUCUAAAUUUUGAGGUUAAUGAAGAGAGCAGAGGAAGUGUGUAUGCUGAUCACAAUGAAGACACAGAUAAACUUCACAACAUUAUGUUUUCUGCAAAGUCAAAAUCUGAUGAGCAAAUUGUUCAUGAGAAUCUGUAUAUGCACUUACCCAUCUCAACAAAGAAAUUUGAAAGAAGCAACAUAAUUCAAAAUUUCAACUGAUUUAUUUAAGGAAUGUUAAACGAAACCAAUGAGCAGCGCGAAUUUGUGAACGUGCUCAGAACUCUGAAUAUAAUGUAAAGGCUAGGCUAAAUUUUUUUCAAUCUUAUUUAACUUAUAUGCCAUGUGAGAUUAUUUGACAACAUUAUUUCCUUAAUUGAAAUCCUCCUUGUUCAAAUAAGGAAAACUUUAAAUUUGUGUUUAUUUAAGGUAUGAAAUAUCAAUGUUAAUACAGUCACAUAGUCAAGCAAAUAUUAAUUAUCUCUUAUUAUUUUUGUUCAAUAUUAAUAUUAAAACGUGAUAUCAAUAUCACUUAUUGCUUUGCCUAUUAAUGAGAACUUGAUAUUUAUUGCACAUAAAUAUUUUGAUCCUUCUCCCUUACACUAGUAAAACCACAUCUUGAAUUUAAAAAAAAAAUGCAUAGAAAUGGCUUAUUUCAAUUUAUGCAGAAAGCUUGAAUGUGAUAUUACAAAUGACUUGCCGAAAUGUCUGCGCUCUAGUAAAUCAAUCUUAAUUAGUUUUACGGAUUUUUCUUUUUUUAUUUGAACUAGACUAUUCAGAUGAAUUUUGUUUAAAUCUCAUUAUUUUGUAAAGUAGAUGCAGUUUAAUGAAAUGAAGCUCUGAAGAAUUUGAAUAUUAUUUUGCCAUCAAAUAUUUGUUUCGACUUUUAAGAUAUAUUUUUAGGUUUCUAAGUUGUUACGUAGUCUCGUUUCAAAGUUAUCUCAAACAAAUGGA